CCGACAAACUAAUAAAGAGUUGCUACCUUCCCCUAAGCGGGGCCCGACCUCCUACCCCAAAUAAAGAGAUCAAAAUUACUAAAAACAGGCAAAUUUCCCCCACACUAUAUCAUGAUGCUUCUAUGAUCACUCUCACUCCACCGCCUAACGCCACCGCCGCUAUGGAGGGGAACGGAAUACCAAGCGGAUGGCCGCUGGGGCUCGGAAACAUCAACUUCAGAAUGACGGCAUCCCCGCCGGUGGUGGCGCCGCCGCAGCCUGUCCGCCAUAUCCCGAGCUUCUCCUCAAUCUCUUCUUCUGAUCUGGAUACUGAGUCGACAGCAUCGUUUUUCCCGGACCAAAGCGUGCAGCUGGGAAGGUUGAUCGGAAUAAGGCCAAUUUGCGGUAAUAAACAGAGUGAGAAAGAGGGGAAUGUGGGGCAGGAAGAUGAUGCCCAUAUUGAUUCUCAAGGAUUCUGUACUCCGCUGCUCGCAAGAAUUUUCAGAAGGCCCAAGCAAACACUACUCUCUCAAUAAUAAUAAUAAUAAUACCAAUAACAAUGUAAACCUACUAAUUCUACAUUCUCAUUUUUAUCAUCUCUUCAAUAAUAUUGUUUCUCUAUUUCUCA